AAAACAUGUGUUACAGGCUUUCUGUAUUAAUACUAUUGUGAAAAAAAUGUGACAUAGUAAACCGAGUCGAUUGCGUUGCACUAUAACACAAGAUUUCAAUAUUGUCGAGAAAACAAACACCAUGAACCAAGAACAAAAUGCUGAUCAAAGUGGACCAAGUGCCAAAAAAAUGAAAUCAAAUGAUGAAGACAAUAAUCCAGCUGAACGUGCUGUUGUUGCUGUAAACGGUGAACAACAAUUGGCUGAUAUUUUCAAACUUAACAUCGAUUGUUUCGAAGAAGUGUUCGACUAUUUAUCGCUGAAGGAUUUUACAGCUAUGGGACAAACAUGUAAACGAAUGCAACGAAUUGCCGGUCAUUGUUUUCAACUAAACUAUGGAGCUGAACAAGCUGAAUUCUGGAAAGAUGGUGUUUUCUUUGAUGGUGUCAGGAUAGAUUGUUUUAACAAUUUCUUACAAAACGUAUAUCUUACAAAUUACGGAGAUGACGAAGAUGGUGAAGAUGAGUUUGAUAACUCUGGAGUUGAGAAUGCUACGCAUAAUCAUAUGAUAGGUUUUGUAACUGAAUUGAAACAAUCAAGAUCAAUUAAAAGUUUCGAAAUUAAUGGUCGUUUAACGAUGGAUUGGAUUAACGAAAUGCAAGUACUUCUCAGUAAAGCCGAAAGUGUGAAAAUAUAUGGUUAUGAUGAAAAUGAAAAUGAAUUGGACGCAUUGACUACCGCUUGCUCAAAUAUCACAUAUUUAUCACUAGAUGGACAACUUUCACAAGUAAACGAAUACAAAUGGAUGCACCGUAUCUAUCAAGCUUUGGAACAUUUUGAAUUGGAUCUGAAGAGUAGUCAAGAAACACCAGCAUUAAUAACAUUCUUUGAGCUAAACACAACAAUUAAACAAUUUUCUGUCGAUGCUAAGCUCUUAUGGCAAAACAGAGAGUUGUUCAAAAAUUCAAACAUCAAAUUUGAUACAUUGGAGAUUAUUCAUGAGCGCAAUGUUGAUUUUCAUUUAUUUUGCCGUUUGCUAAAUGAGCUCUACGAGUUUGGAUUUUAUAAGAAACUUUAUUUUGACGACAGCUUCGGGACUAAUCAAGGAACUAUCGAUCAAUUAGCUACAGUAAAAGGACUGGUGAAAUUUCAAGCCGCAUUUAAAAUGUUUAGUGCCAAAGUUGGUGCUUUGAGAAACUUGGAAGAGGUUUGUGUAUACCACAGUUGUUCUUUUGAAGAUCUUAAGUCACUUCCGCUUAUGCUCUCGAACCUGAAACGCUUUUUUUUCAUAAAGGCCAGUUCUGAUGACAUUUUACCAUUUAUUUGCCAUGCAGAGAAAGUGAACAAAAUUAAAGUGGAACAAUUAUGCAGUGGAUCACAUUUCGAUCAGAUUGAUAAAAUUCUCGAUUUAAUGACGUUGAAUAAAAAGCGUGAGAAAUUAGUUGGAGCGCGCAAAAUCAUGAUCUACGUCAGCGAAGAUGUGUAUUUGGCAACGAAAUGGGCAAUGAAACAGACGGACUUCAAAUUGAUCGAAAUGAAACGAAUCACAUCGUACGAUUGGAAAUAUUGAGUAUGAGCCACACAAUUUUUAACUGUCAAAGAUUUAUUCUUAUAUAUUUUUUUAAAAUUAGUUUUAUGGAGUCAUUUUUUUGUUAAAUCAAAAAUGUUUGAUAUAUUUAAA